CUUAACAAAUCAUAUCAACCCCCAACACCAGCUCGCUCCUAACCAAUAUGUCUUUUACUCACUUCUUCUACGAGCCGUUCUACUCGCUUUCUGACUUUGAUCGUCUCUUCGACGAGGCGUUCAGCGCGCGUGCUGACAAUCAAGUCCAGCGCCGGGGUGUACAGGGUAGCCAAAAUACUCUCACCUCGACCGCCUUCAGACCCAGGGUCGAUGUGCACGAGAACAAAGAGGCCAACACCAUAACUGCGAUGUUCGAGCUGCCCGGCCUCAAGAAGGAGGACGUGCAGAUCGAUGUACACAACAACCGCCUCACCGUCGCCGGCGAGAACAAGGUCGACUCGCAGCGCAACGAGGAUGGCUACGCCAUUCGCGAGCGCCGCUACGGAAAGUUCUCCAGGACGCUCCCACUUCCUCAGGGAAUCAAGGACGAAGAGAUCAAGGCGUCAAUGACCGACGGCGUAUUGACAGUCACUUUCCCCAAGGCAGCGCCCGAGGCGUCGCCUAAGAAGAUCACUAUCGCCUGAACAACAAGCUGUCGACAUGACAGGCGCGAAAUGUAGGAUAUGAAGCUAUGUGAUAUGCUGUGAAAUGUUGUAUUUUAGUCGUUCAACAGGAUCAAAUCUCAGAGUAUAGUUUUCAGCUUU